UGCUGUCCAGAGAAACCCAGGGCCAUAGUACCAGUACAUACAGGUACCGUUGCAUAGGUUCGUAGCAGCAGCUCUCACAUGGGCGUCGUUUCUUGCAGCCAAGGGGUGCUUCGAGACAGAGAGAAGCAUGCUGGGCAGCCCGCAGUGGGGGCCUGGUUGGCCUUCAACAAUAGAUAGAUAGCAAGCUGUGCGUUUCAAGACGAUUGACCGCAUGGUGCAGGCACUUAGUGCAAGCUCACAGGAAAGGUAGCAACUAGAGCUGUCAUCAGAGUAAAUCAGAGACGAGGAAAGGUGCUUUGAUUCCUCACAAAACAGCGGGCCAGAUAACCAUCCUUGGCAUAUUAUUUGCUCGCCAAUAUGUGUCCGCUAAACAGCGAUGUCUUGCUAUCCAUUCUUGAGCAGGUCAAGGGCUGUUCGGCUGACCUCAAAGCAUGUGCUUCGGUAUCUCGCACAUGGCGCGACCUGGCCUUUGCUGCUAAAGGCAGCCUGAAAGUGACAAGCGGACCAACAGUUGCUGAGGUAUUGAAGCUGUUGGCAGACUACCCCAGCAUUCACACCGUCUGCCUCUACGCACUGGAAGAGAUUGACGUGCUGCUCAUGUCCCAAGGCAUUGCACGCGAGGCCGUCGAUGUGAAAACUCUCCAUCUUGUCUCGUGCAAGGCGCUGUGCUCCAUGGGGACGUCAGGUUUGCUGGUGACGUUUUCGAUCAGUCAGCAGGGCCACGUGGCUGACUACCAGCGGUUCUCCAUUGAGCGCUCAGUCAAAGGGCAGCGGUCUGUCAGGUGGAGACUGCGGGAGUUGCUCCUCAGCGGCUCCCCCCUGGACGACCACCAACUGCAGGCGCUCCUCGAUAGCGGUCGUGGCAGCCACCUCGAGCGUCUCACUCUCUGCCGCUGCCCCAAGCUGCGCGGGUGGGGGCUCAGCCACGUGUUUGAGAAGUGCUGCCCGAACCUACAGUCCCUCACUCUCGCCGACAUGGACCACUUGAGUCGCCCCAACCCGCGGCUACCCCCGGCCGAACAGGGCCCUCUGCAAAGCCUGCGGGCGCACAGGCUUGCCAGCGGCCUUUCUUCAGGCCUAUUGACGGGCCUUGUCGCGGGAGUGAGUACUCUCCCGCCGUCCCUCAAGACCCUGGCCCUGCGGGGCCUGGGCGCGGCGUCGCUUCUGCCCGUCGCCGCGGAGCUUUGCCCGCAGCUGAGAGCCCUUUAUGUGAGUGUGGAUUGUCAGGCCGGCCAUUUUUCCAUUGGUGACGUGGCACGAGGACAGCUUGCGAAGCUGGAAGUUUUGGGGGUUGCGGAGACGGUUCCACGCGCCGCUAUGGCUAGCUUCCUUGUAGCACACCCGGGAGUUAGAGUGGUUAACGAGAGCGGACCGCUUUUGGGGGGUGCGGAAGAAUGGGGCCUGCCGAAGGCAGCCGGCGGUCCAGGAUUUAAAGGCGGGUUGAAAGUCAGGGAUCGCCGCUGAGAGGCUCAGCGAGCCUAGCCAUUUUGCCAGUCUAACUACUAGUUAAUUGUGUGUUUGAAACCGGCCCAGCAGUGGCUUGGUGCGGAGAGCUUUGCUGAGAACCCCGAGGGAGCUGCCAUUUUUGCAACGUAGUUGAGGGCAGCUGUUCUCGGGUACGGUUAGAGCGCUUGUACAAGCAGGACUUCGUACGCGUUGAGACAGCAAAUGUAAAGAGUGGUCUCUGCGCCUGAGGAAGUUUCGGCUAGAUUGAAGGUGUCCCUGAUGCCGCAAUUUCCCCUCGGUUUUAGGGACAGUUUGUGCAUUUUGCAGAAUAUCUGAUUUCGUUUCUAGAGUUCAGCGCUUUCGAGCAUGUCAAGCCUAGCUUGAGACAGACAUCAGCUUUGGGCCCACUAAGUGAGACGUGGGUUCCAGCGGGACCUGAGAGUUUAGACCAGACGGACCUGCGCACUUUUAGUAAGCAAAGAAACCAGGUAGCUGCCAGUUUUGCUAAUCGAGGGCAGCGGCUCCUGAAGAGAGUGCGUUGACAAAAGUAUUGAAUUCGGAGUUUACAUCGUUGUCUUUUCUUCAGCGGCUCACCUAGCCAACAUCUUUUUGAUCGAUUUGAUCCGGCAGGGGCGAAGCUGAAAUGCAAGCG